GCGCACGAAGCGCGACCGCACGUGGCUGAAGCCAGUGGUCGAGGUGCUGGCGACCAACGGCAUCGAGAGUCCGGAGGACCUGGUCAAACUCGACGUCAGGGCCGCGACCUUCCAGCUCAACGGGCUGGUCGAGGGCAAGGUCGCUUUCCUCGAGCGCGCCGUCGCAAAGGCAACCCAGUCCGCCGAGCAGCAGGCAGCUGCCGAGGCCGCGGCGCCAGGCGGUUCACAGGAGCCGGUCAGCGCCCCCCUGCAGGCGCUCCAGGGCGGCCGCAAGCCAGCGGUCCACGUGGACAUCGCCGCAGGCCUGGGCGGCAUGACCUUGGCGGACUUGCCAGCGUCGUGCUGGCCGCCUCCGCAACUGACCGACUGGGUGCAGGGCCAGGUCAAGGCCGCGGAGAGCAAGGGCAUCACGAAGCCCUUCCUCUACAUGCCGAUCAAGAAAUUCCCCCCGUACUACGCGGCGGACAAGAGGCAGCCCGACGAUCUCGAGGGGGAGUGCGGCGUCGAGCGGUCCUUCGCGCAGGAGAUCGCCCGCGGCAUCUGCCAGGCGAGGGGCCCCGACAAGAAGCAGGGGGACCUGCCGAGCAUCCUGCAGCGGUGCGUCGCGUUUGACAGAUGGGCAAUCGUCGCGGCGCUCGCCGGUCAGAUGCCGCUCACGGCGUCCAUGGCGGCAGCGACCACAAAGGGGGCGCUGGCAGGGGCGCCAGGGGCAAGGGACCACAAAGGCGGCAGCGACCACAAAGGCGGCAGCGACCACAAGGGCAAGGCAAGGGGCGCCGGCAGGGACCACAAAGGCGGCAGCGACCACAGCGCCAAGGGCGGCAGCGACCACAAGGGCAAGGCAAGGGGCGCCGGCAGGGACCACAAAGGCGGCAGCGACCACAGCGCCAAGGGCGGCAAGGCCAAGGGCUACGGCAAAGAGCACAAGGGCAAGCCCGCGAACGACUCUCACCGCUGGCAGGGGCAUUACUCGUCCGGGAGUGCCGCCAGCGGGGCGCAGGCGCCGUCAGCCGCGGAGCCAGUGAGGGUCCAGUCAGGUGCAGUUCUCCCCGACGCAUCCUGCGCUGAUCUGAGUUGCUCCCAGUCGGCAUUCGACGCUGCCAGCGCGCAAGCUCUGCGCGGCGAAUUAGCGCCCGAUGAGGUCGAGGCGCUGCGUUUCACGCGUGAGGCGCUCGGCCGCCGCGACGCGCAGCCGAAGCGCACGGACGCGCAGUGCGAGUGCAUGGAAGCGUUGCGGUGGAGCGCCGCGCGUAGCCUACGCCAGUGCAUCAAAGAACGCGAGGAGCGCGUUCGGCGCAUCGAAGCCCGGGCGGCGCACUUCGAGGCGUCCGGGGAGGCCGAGGCCGCGAGAAAGGCUGCGCCACCGGAAUUCAGGCCCGACAUCUCCGCGGCCGAGCUUGCCGCUGCUUGGGGCGAAACAAUUCGUCUGGUGCCCAGGUUUGGGGUCUCACAACCGAAGCCCGACGGGUCGCUGAAAGUGCGCCCGGUGGAUGACUUCACGCGCUCCAGGGUGAGCGGCGCGUGCGCUCCCGCCGAGAAAUUAAGCGUAGAGGGCGCGGACCAGCUGGUAGCGGUCGCGCGCGCCUUCUUCGAGUUGCGCGGCGCACUUCCCGAGCUGUGGAAAGCGGACAUAGAUUCCGCUUGCCGCCGCAUCCCGUUGGCCCCCGCCGAUAGGUGGGCCGCUGUCAGUGUUUUCAAGGAGGGCGGCCGCCUGUGGUGCUCGCAGCACCUGGUCUGCCCGUUCGGCGCGCUAGCAUCUUGCCACGACUGGGACCGCGUGGCCGCCAUGCUCUCGCACUUCGCAAGGCGGCUCGCCAAGCUGCCAGUUUCGCGAUACGUAGACGAUUAUUUUGCGCCGGAUCGCCCCGGCGCGGCCGACCACGCCAUGCGGUGCUUCGCUCGCAUCGUCAGAGCCGCGCUCGGCAGCGACGCAGUAGCCGACGCGAAGCUGGCGCACGGGGCCCAGCUGGUCGUGUUGGGGCUGCUCUUCUCUUUCUGUGCGCAGGGCGUACACUGCGAGCCAGCGUGCGACAAGCGGCUCAAGUGGUCGUCCGCCAUCCG